UGUGUACCCGGUUGCCAGGCCACCUCGCUGCGCCAACCCCAACCUCCGAUAGCACACGGUACAGCACAGCAUGUGCCGACGGGACAGCAUGUACCUCUGUCUGUGUGCCGACCUAUCGAGGCAGAUAUGCAUCCCAAAUUACCCGUCUGGGGCGCCUCCAGCAAGGUGCAUGUUGCAUGCCUAUCCGCACGCAAAUCAUGCUCAACAACGGAGCCUCUCUCCUCGGCACACACACACCGAACCUUGGCACCCUGGGUAGGCCCAAAGCCUUGACGAACCUUGACACCAGCAAGUGGAGCCGCGGCCUGGGUUGGCGGAUUAACCCAACGUAAAAUAUUCACCCUUGGGCAAUGCGCCUGCACCGCCUCAAUUCAUGUCUUCGUAUCUGGAUCCUGGCUGCCGGCCAUGCAUGGUAGAUACCGACCCGACGCAUUUACCUGCUAUUGUGCUGUCCUGAUAGGCCAGAGCGCCAGGGCGAGCUGCCAUCAGAACGGGAGCCGAGACAAAUCCCAGCUCAUCAGCUCUACAAGGGUUGAAUUCUAGCUUGAAUGAGCCACCAUUGAGAAGAUCGUCGUCUUGGCGGCUCGGGAGCGCAGCCAACGUUGCAGAGUGAUCCGUUCCCGACGACCCAAAGGAUUGUCCACCUUCCGAAUUUGGCACUGCUGUUGUUUGGGCGUCACGAGGCAACGAGGCUGCACUAAAUAUCAGCCAGUGGAUGAACUAGAGAUGGCCUACUUCCACAUCAUAUGUACAAGUUCAAGCGGCGCCCGCGUCAACACCGGUUCGUGUCAUUAUUCCAAGCCCCGCUCUGGCAGCAACCAUCGAGGUGUGCUGCCGAUUCGAGCGGAAAGAGACCGCCCAGGCAGUCCACUCACGAGCGACCGCCUUUGAACCGCCUUUGACACGGACUGGCCCCUGUAGGUAUUUGGUGAACGGACAAUGCCGCACACCCAGAACAAGAUCCAUGAAUGCACAGGGGUCUGUGGCAUUGCAGAAGGCCGAACCCAUUGAAAAUCGAGCACGCACAGCACGCACAGCACCCCAGUCAUCCGUCCUGGGUUUUCGGUGCAGGUUGAGACCUGCCAUGUCCCGAGCAGUGUCAAGGUGCACGAAUCUCGUAGUUUGCCUACAGGUUUUUGCCUACGGGUUUUUGUUGUUGGCUGCGGAUCAUAAAUAAGGGAGGAGGGCUUCGAUGUUCACUCAUGUCCAUCACCUCUGUUCCGUUGUGGAACAGGUAGGAGAAAAUGGCACAACAAUGUUACAAAUACAGACAAAAUCUAGCAUAAAUGUGCCUGCCUGGUCUUGAUGAAGCAAGCACGGGGUGGAGAGCGUGCUGGCCGGACUGGUGGAAUGGAAGCAACAAUCGAGCCGCUCGCAUCUGGCAGGGCUGACACCACCAAAGCUUGGGUCCUCAGGCAGAAACAGGCGGCACCUGACCUUGAGUCCCGCUCCCGCUCAAGGCGGCUGGCGGCUUGGCCCCGCAAGUCCCACCACUCACCUUGGGCAUGCAAAGCUGAGGUCGUCAGGCUGUACCCUGUGCACGGUCCCCAGCUGCGAAGCUGCCAGUCGCCCAACGAGGCCAUCCAGCAGUCCCUUGCAGACCCCGGCCCGCCCUGCGCAGUCUUGCAUCGCGUCCGCUGGCAAUACCUGCCGCAACCUCCACGAGCAUCGCUCGCUCGCUCGCUCGCCCACUUCCUUGCCUCUCGCUCCCUCCACGACCCGGUGCCCGCGCAUCACGCCGAGGCCCCCCUGCUGCCCGCCAGUCCGCCAGCCCGCCUCGACCAUCCCUACGCGAGCCUACGAUCCGCGGUCGCGUCCCUGGUCCACGACGGCUGGCUGACCAUUUGA